AUGCCCGUGACACUCCCAAAGACACUUUUAGAGGAUGACACGCCAAAUUUCCACGCGCCAAAAUACGCAGAAUACAUUUGGAACGACCAUGCUCAGGCAUUUGUUGAUUAUGUCAAGGUGAAGUUUAGCGGGAAUGUGGACUUGUUGCUGACAAAAACGGAUGAUGCCAUUGCUGAUAUUUGGAACGUACUUGAGGACGAAGAAAAAACGCUUUCGAUUAUCUCCAGACACUCGAUGCUUUCGAUAAAACUGCGCCCUAAGUUCAUGGAGUCAAUGUCUACCUUGGACCAAAUCAACUACGGACUCCACUACAUCGUCCAAACUCUUUCAUUCGUCCACGCGCAUCAUUGCUUCAUUAAUUUGGAACGGGGACAAUGGGAUGCAGCCGAGCACUAUAUCAUGCAGUUUGAAAAUAUGUCUUGGUGGGAAAAGGUUAUCGAGCAAAACAAAAAAUAUGCAGGUUCGGAGAUGCUCGAACAGACAUUGAUCAAAAAAGUAAUGGAUAGUAGCUUCAACUGGCUGAAAUCGCGCUGCCUUGAGAAUCGAAAAAUGUUCGACAAUGCAAUUAGAAUGAUGAAAAAGGAUGUGCCGAUGGUAGGCUGGCGUUACGAAUGCUGGGGCAACGAGGAGAAGCGCUCGCCCGAGGCGUACGACAUGAGCGAGGAGGAAAAGGAAAGAAGAGUUUCCAUGCUGAAAGAAAAGAAGGCGAAACACGUGUUGCAGCCAUUUGACAAAGAUGCCGAGCCGCAUCUCCACGAAUACCGACAGCAAGUUUUGCGCGACAAGGCUGCUGGAAAACUGGAUUCAUUGGAAACCAUGUUGGAAACGGGAAUCUUCUGGCUGACUGUAAAAUGCCCGAAAUGUGCCAGGGCUCCGCCGCGGAGCAGGAUGUUCUUCUUGAACCCAUGUAAAUUGUGUCGGCAAAUUCAGGCGACGUGUUUGCUCGGACACAUUCAGGUCGAUGAUAAAUUUUUCUCCUGGAUCUUCAAGGAUGGUACAUGUCUGACCGAAGAGGAUGUCCAGCGGGCUCGAGAGGAAGAGGAGCGAAAGCAGAUGGAAACCGAGAAAAGACGCAAACUCCGGCUUUCUCGAAGUAGCAACGAAACUGACAAACUCCUCGCUCAUGUGGACAAACUCCUCCAUGAUUCCAACACUCCCCGGGAAUCUCCACUUCCCGAUGAUUUGCCUGAUCUUGAUUAA